CUUGAUUUCCGGCUAAACAAAAAGCAUGUCUGGAAUAAUCGUACUCAACCAAAACACCAAGAGGGAAACUGGCAAGGUUGUACAGAAAGGCAACAUUGCUGCAGGAAAGGCCAUUGCAGACAUAAUAAGAACAUGUCUAGGACCAAGAUCCAUGCUGAAGAUGUUGAUGGACCCUAUGGGUGGUAUAGUCAUGACAAAUGAUGGCAAUGCUAUACUAAGAGAGAUUAAUGUACAACAUCCAGCAGCCAAAUCUAUGAUUGAGGUGGCAAGAACACAGGAUGAAGAAGUUGGAGAUGGAACUACAUCUGUUAUUAUAUUAGCUGGAGAAAUGCUAUCAGUAGCUGAACAGUUCCUGACACAACAGAUGCACCCUACAGUUAUCAUCAGUGCCUACAGACAGGCAUUGGAAGAUAUGGUUGAUCUACUUAGAGAUAAAGUCAGUGUACCAGUAGACACAACUAACAGAAAGGAAAUGUUGAAGAUUGUUAAUAGUUGUGUUGGAACAAAGUUUAUAAGUAAAUGGUCUGAUCUAGCUUGUAACAUAGCAUUAGAUGCAACAGCAACAGUAGCUUUAGAAGAAAAUGGUAGAAAAGAAAUUGAUAUUAAGAGAUAUGCAAAAGUAGAAAAGAUACCUGGAGGAACAAUAGAAGAUUCACAAGUUUUAAAGGGUGUAAUGUUAAACAAAGAUGUUGUUCAUCCAAAAAUGAAAAGGAGAAUAGAGAAACCUAAAAUACUGCUAUUAGACUGUAAUUUAGAAUAUAAAAAAGGUGAAAGUCAGACCAACAUAGAAAUAACGAAAGAAGAAGACUUUACGAAAAUUUUAAAGAUGGAAGAAGACUAUAUAGAAAAGAUCUGUGCUGAAGUAAUACAAUUCAAACCAGACUUGAUAAUUACAGAGAAAGGUGUCUCAGAUCUAGCUCAACAUUUCCUUGUUAAAGCAGGAAUAAGUGUGAUACGAAGGGUCAGGAAAUCUGAUAAUAACAGAAUAGCAAGAGCAUGUGGAGCAACAAUUGUGAACAGAACUGAUGAAAUCAAAGAAGAUGAUCUAGGUACUGGCUGUGGACUUUUCUACAUUGAGAAGUUUGGAGAUGAAUAUUUUACAUUCUUGGUAGAGUGUGAAAAUCCUAAAGCAUGUACUAUUUUACUGAGAGGUGCUAGUAAAGAUAUCCUUAAUGAAGUAGAGAGAAAUUUACAAGAUGCAAUGAACGUAGCUAGAAAUGUGAUGGUAGAACCUAAAUUAGUAGCUGGUGGAGGAGCUGCAGAAAUGGCUCUAGCUCAGGCUAUGAAUGAGAAAGCUAAGGCAAUAACAGGUGUAAGCCAAUGGCCAUACAGGGCUGUAGCUAGGGCAUUAGAAGUUAUUCCACGUACAUUAAUACAGAAUUGUGGAGCCAACCCAAUUAGAACCCUUACAGCACUUAGGGCUAAACAUGCAUCCCCUGACAACACAUCAUGGGGUAUUGAUGGAGAAAAUGGUAAAAUUGUUGACAUGAAAGAAUAUGGUAUUUGGGAGCCAUUCUCUGUGAAAGUUCAGACACUUAAAACAGCACUUGAGACUGCCAUGUUAUUAUUGAGGAUAGAUGAUAUCGUCUCAGGUACAAAGAAACAAGCUGACGCUAAUGCUCCAGCUAAAGCAGCACCAGAAGCCCAAGCAUCAGAGGGACCAGAGCCUUGAACACUGUUGACUUUAUUUAUUGUAUUUUCUGCUUAUUUAAAUGUUCAGUAUGAGUUGUUCUCAGUGAGAAUGUGUUCAUACAGUUUCAUGAUCUUGUAAAAUCGAAAUCCAUUCAUAAUUUUAUGAUGGCUGCUUGAAAUAUAAAAUUUCAAGUUUGUAUAUGGCGAAAAAUUAAAGUGAAUUUACAUACAUUAUUUCCUAGAAAUGAAAACUAUGUUUUCUUGCAUACAUUUUUAUUUAUUUCAUUUUUGACGAACAAAACCCCUUGAUGACAGUGCUACAAGUGUGUGUGAUAUUAGUAUUAUUAUGUGAUGUGUCCUGUUUGAAGAUAAUGAAUUUCAUAUUUUAUAAGAAAGAUCCAUAAUAAAUAACUCAAAGAUCAAAA